AUGGCCGACGAUGAAGAAGAAAUGGGCGAAGAAGAAAAUACAAAUAAUUUAGGCUCUUAUGAAGGUGAUCGUAAUGAAAAUAAUGAACGUCAUGGUUUUGGUAAAGCAAAAUUACCAAAUGGAGAUACAUAUGAAGGACAAUAUCAAAAUGGUAAAAGACAUGGAACAGGAACUUAUCGAUUUGCAAAUGGUGCUCGUUAUAUAGGUGAUUAUAUGAAAAAUAAACGACAUGGCCAAGGAACAUUUCAUUAUCCUGAUGGAUCAAAAUAUGAAGGUGAAUGGAAUGAAAAUAUACGUGAAGGUAUUGGCACAUAUACAUAUCCAAAUAAUGAUACAUAUGAAGGUGAAUGGAAAAAUCAUCAACGACAUGGAAAAGGAACUUAUACAUAUGCAGCUACAAAAGCACAAUAUACUGGUACAUGGAAUAAUGGUAAACGACAAGGUCCAGGAGAAAUGCAAUUUGCUCAUUAUAAAUACGUUGGCAAAUUUCAUGACAAUUACCCAAAAGGUAAAGGUAAAUUUGUCUUUAAAAAUGGAUAUCAACAAAAUGGUGAAUAUCAUAUUACAUCAACGGUUACUGAUGAUGAUUCCGAUGCUCCACCUCAAGUACAAUAUAAAUGGAUUGCUCAUGAUGUUACUCCAGUUGAACAAGAACAACCUUAUGAUUUAGAUGAUGAACAAGCUGAAACAGAUAGAACACAAGAACAUGAUACUCUACAAAGAAUGCAUAUUCUUUCUGAUAAUAAUACACCUGAAAAUCAAUUAAAUCCUGAAACAGGUGAUACAUUUGAUGGAAAUGAAGAUAUUGAUGAAAAUCGACAAGAGAAUGAUGAAAUACCAGGUGAAGAGCAAUUUGAUGAAGAACCAUAG